AUGAUCACAUGAACUAGCUUGUAGCUAUUGAGCUCAAAGUUAUACGAACUCGUAUUCAGAUCUUAAAUCCUAUGAUUAUUCAAAGAUUUUAACCUAUCAAAACCAUUAGCUAAUGUACCCGUAGAAAAAGUUUCCUCUAAGUGGUACGAUGUCAUGGUGCAAGACAAUCGUACCUAAGGUUCAGGUGGAUUUGCUCAACACAAUUCAAGUAGCAUAAUUAUAAUCCAUGCAUGGGUAAUGCACUACAUUAAUAAGAAUCACUAAGUACUCUCUUCUCAUUAUGUUCUCCUCUCCUCCCUGUCCUAAAAGAAGCUUCAAUCUCAUCAUCUAAUCAAUUUGAAGUAUUCUCUGGCAUCCUUCCACGUAUGAAAUGGCAUUGUUGUCUCACCUUGUAGUGAAAGCACGCUAAAAAGUUCCAUUUGUUUUUUUAAGGAAAAUUAUUUUUCUUGUCUAUUGUUAGUGGCCAAUAUAAGUUCUCUAGCAAUUUCUGACAUUAAACUCUUAUAUUUCUUCAGUAAGAAUUCUCAUUUGUAUGAGAGGAAUUUAUUCUGUUGGGCAGUACCAUCCAGAUCUAAACAAGAGCCCUGGUGCUGAAGAGAAGUUCAAAGAAAUAAGUGCCGCAUAUGAGGUCCUAUCAGAUGACGAGAAAAGAUCUUUGUAUGACCGCUUUGGUGAGGCAGGUUUACAGAGUGAAUAUGAUGGAUCAAGCUUUGGGUCACAAGGGAUGGAUCCUUUUGAUAUAUAUAAUACAUUCUUUGGCGAUUUAGACGGGUUCUUUGGAGGCAAUGGUGAAGCAGGUGGCAUGAAUUUCAAUUUGAAAAAUAUGGGAAAGGAUCUUGACAUUCGAUACAACCUCUAUUUGAGCUUUGAAGAAUCAAUUUAUGGUGGAGAGCGUGAAAUUGAAGUUCCUUAUUUUGAGACGUGUGACGAUUGUGAUGGAACAGGUGCUAAAUCUGCAAGCUGCAUCAAUUCUUGCACUGAUUGUGGAGGUCGCGGAGGCGUGAUGAAAACCCAAAGAACACCGUUUGGAAUGAUGUCACAGGUAUCUACUUGUUCAAAAUGCAAUGGUGAUGGCAAGAUAAUUACUGAUCACUGUCGAAAGUGCCGUGGCAGUGGUAAAGUUAGUUCACAGCGAAGUAUGAACGUAUUAAUUCCUCCUGGCAUCAGUACUGGAGCUAUGAUGCAGCUUCGAGGAGAGGGUAAUUUCGAGAAGAAAAGGGGCAUCGCCGGUGAUCUGUUCAUCACUGUUCAUGUCAAAGAAAAGCGUGGGGUUCGGAGGGAUGGCCUCAACCUUUACUCAAAGAUCAAUAUUGAUUAUACCCAAGCAAUACUAGGGACUGUAGUAAAGGUGGAGACCGUUGAUGGUUUGAGAGAUCUUCAGAUUCCUUCUGGAAUUCAACCUGGAGACUCAGUAAAAUUAUCACAGAUGGGGGUUCCAGACAUUAAUAAGCCUUUUGUUCGAGGUGAUCAUCACUUUGUAGUAAAUAUUCUGAUCCCAAAAGAUAUCAGUGACAAGGAACGCACACUUGUUGAGGAGUUGGCUUCUCUUGGUUCUUACAACAAACACCAUGAGAUUCCUUCCAACGAAUCUGGGACAUUCAAAAGCAAAGUUGAUGAAGGCAUGACCAGACGUGGAAGGACCAAAUCUGUUUCAUCUCUUUGGAGCUCAAUUAGAGACUUCUUGGGGCGGAGGCAAUCUCGAGAAAGGUUUGCAUCAGUUGCAGUGGAUACAUCUGGCUUUUUCUGGAAGUCUAGUAGGCCAGAUUUCUCCCUAACAUGCUCACUAAUAUCAGUUAUUGUUUUGACAUACAUCUGGACUGUCAUGCAAAAGAUUGACAAGUGCAAACUAUCACUAAGAACGGACUCUCAUCCUCAACAUAUUCGGAACAAGAAAAAACAGCCUUGAAAGAUUAUUUCAGCUUAGGUCAUUGGUUAAAUAUAUUUGCAUAGAUGCAUCCUUUGCCAAACCUGAAAUACACGGUGAGAUGUGCAUAAUUUACAUGUUAUUUCUGCAUUUUUGAUGCGCUAAGCAUGAAUCAAGUGCAUCAUUGUCAAGAUUUGACCUAAAUUGGAAGUGAUUGCUGCAAGUUGCUGCCAUGUUCAAUAGCCUUCUCGUCCAAUUUCAGGAACGGAAGAGAAAAGAGAGUAGCUCGGGGUUUUAUUUAUUUAGUUACAAUGGCUGUAGGGCGGACGGGAUAGAUCGUCUUCUUCGAUAUUAAAGUGAGUGUUCAUGACCGAUCGCUUGCAUAAUGGAUCAUAUGCUAUAUGUUAAAACAUAUUCUCUUGUACAUCUUUUCUAUUUUUCCGGCUUUUAUAAUAUUCUUUUCUCUGGGAAAUGCUUUGGAUGAACGGAUGGCAAAUUGUAUUUACUUUGAUAUAUAGCAACUUGGUUAACAUAUUUAUCCAAAAA